GAGCAGGGCAGCCAUGGCCCUGGGCGAGGCGACUUCCGGCCCCUGCCAGACGGGCUUCCCGCUGGGCGCCGCGCAGGCCCUCGUCGGCGAGCCCCGCCCCGCCGAGCGAGUCGCCGUUGCGCCGAGCGCACUGGCGAGGCUGGGCGAGGCCUGGGGGGCCGCCGAGCACCUCCCGACCGGCCCCAGCAGCGCGCGGGCGAGGUGGGCGCAGCGUGCGCGGCCAGGCUCGGCGUCGUCGGCACGGGCGCCAGCAGAGGGGCGCGGCGCCGAGCACCACCCCGGGCUGCUCUCGCGGCUGGCGGAGGACAUCUCUGGCAUGGUCCACCAGGCCCGUGGGGCCUCGCGCGAGCGCCUCGUCCAGGCCGACCACCCCGAUCCCCCGAGCCGCUCAGACGACCUCCGCGCCUGGCCGCGCGAAGCUUCCGCACGCCCUGCGGCAGCCGUGCCCCCUCCCGCGGUGGAGCCUGCCGCGCAGAUGCACGGCCUCCUCGCCAGCAUCGCGCACCGGGAGGCCGCCCUGCACCUCAAGGUGCAGCAGCUGACAGAGGAGAAGGCGCUGCAGCAGCGCAGACUCGAGGGCGAGCUGGCGCGGCUGCAGAGGUCCAACGCGCUGAUGGAGCAGGAGCUGCUCGCGAGGGACCAGGCGGAGCUGCACGGGGCCCCGAGUCACUACGAUCCUCCCUGGGCUGCCACGGCCAAAGGCGACGCGGCAAGCCUGCGGGCCCCAGUGAGCCGCACUGACCCCGAAGGCUCGGCCAGGCCCGCCCCCGCGCCACAGGCGGCGCGCCCGCCAGCGGCGCGCGCCGCUGCGCUCCCCCAGGAAGUGCAGGAGCAGCUGCAGCAGCAGCUGGCCCUGAUAAGGGGCGAGGUGGCGAGGUGUGCGCAGGCGCUUCAGCAGGCGCCCAGCGCGCUAAUGUCGGCCGAGGCUGCAGACGUGAGGCAGCAGCUGAGUGAGCUGAGCAGCGAGGUCCGGCAAACGUCCCAGGACCUUCUUGCCAGCAGCGACGCAGCCUCAGGCGGAGUCCAGGAGGUGGGCCAGCUCAGGAAGCAGCUCGCGUCACUUCGGGGCCAGAUAUCGGGCACUAUGGCGCAGGCGCAGGCGCUGGCCCAGGCGGCGGCCACCGCCGUUGAACCAACGCCCGUAGAGCCUGUCGGGGAGCCUGCCGCCACGCCCGCGACGGCGCCUCCGACGGUGGAGGCAGUGGAGGCACCGUCCAGGCUGCAGUCCGACGACGAACUUUCUCGGCUGCGGGCAGAGGUGGGCAGCCUACGCGCCGAGCUGGCGCGGGCUGGGCUCCAGAGACAGGCAACCCACGCCAGUGGAAGCGGCGCCGGGUGCGCGCGCUCGCAGGCGGACGGACUGCGGCGGUUGCCCGGACCGCCAGCGACGCUGGCCACUAACGCGGGCGGGGGCGGAGAUGUUGUCGCCUUGCAGGCGCGUCUGGCCAUGCUGCGGGCAGAGGCGGCCGCGGCCCUCAGCAAUCCGGCGCGCACGGGCACAGCGGGCCCAUUGCCGCCCGCGCUGCAGGCGCAGGUGGAGGCCUUGCUGCAGGAGCUGCAGGUUGUCAAGUCUGGCGCCAGCGCCCUGGUGGCCUCGGGCACCGGCUCUUCAGCCUCGGCGACCGCAAGCGGUUGGACCACGCCCGCGUCUCCGAUGCACCCGUGCGUGCCCCCCCGGGCCGCAGCGCCCCAGGCGGCGUGGUGGCCGCCAGAGGCCGCGGGGGGGCUGGCUGGGAGCGGCCCUGCCCAGCCCCACGCGGGAGCGGAGCUGACCGCAGCAGGCCGGUUUGUCGACGUGGGCCCGUUGGGCGGUGGCUGCUGCGGGUCCCUGCCCGCCGACGUGGCCCUAGAGGGCACAAGACCGCUCCUGUGGCCCCAACCCGCGGUCGAUGCGGGGGCCGGGCUCUCGCACGGCCUUCCAGUCGGCGCCGUGGCACCAGCGCCAGCCGUCGAGAGCACGAGCAGCAGCUUCGGCGGCCUUGCCGGCCCCGUGAGGGCCAUGCCCCUGGGCCUGCCCGAGAAGCCCCACCGUGACGCCAAGGGCGCAGCGCUGGACUCGCACCGUGGCGCCUGGGUGGCCGACGCGCCCUCUGGUGGGCCGGGCGGCCCUGGGGCGGCACCCGCCGUCGCCGCGACGCCUUGGGGGACGCGGCCGCUGCCGUGGCCAGCUGCCAGCCCCUUCCAUUCGGUUGCACGGUCCUGGGGCGGCACCGUCGGGGCCAAAGGACAGUGCGCCGCAGGUCGCCGUCGGGCGGCCGACGCGGUCGAAGAUCAAUUAGCCAGAGGAGUGCUGCUCAUCUGA